GAUGGACGGGUAGAGCCUUACGGGAGUGAACCGGCUGGCUGGCACGGCGGCGUGCCGGCUUUUUCCCUCUCUUUCUCUCCAUCUCGGGUGUUGUCUUUUUCCUCUCUCUUGUUGCUCGAACCUUUUCUAAUCUUUUCUAUAAAUAGACAGCCUGGCCGGGUUUAGCUCUCCUCCAUCCCUGUGAUAUUUUUAUCUUCUUGUCAUCUUACAUUCCAUCGUCCGCUCUUCCGCCAGUUAAGAAUCUGAUGUCGAAGUCGGGAGCUCUGGAUCUCGCUUCUGGCGUGGGAGGAAAGAUCGACAAGAAGGAAGUUAAAUCAGCAGUGGAGCAGUAUGAGAAAUAUCAUGUCUAUUUUGGAGGGGAUGAAGAAACAAGAAAAGCCAACUAUGGUGACAUGGUAAACAAGUACUAUGAUCUUGCAACAAGCUUCUAUGAAUUUGGCUGGGGAGAGUCCUUUCACUUUGCUCCCAGAUGGAAAGGGGAAUCAUUAAAAGAAAGCAUCAAGCGCCAUGAACAUUUUCUUGCCCUACAACUAGGCUUGAAAAGGGGAAUGAAGGUUUUGGAUGUGGGUUGUGGAAUUGGUGGACCCCUACGGGAAAUUGCUAGAUUUAGCUCGGCAUCCAUUACCGGAUUGAACAACAAUGAGUACCAGAUAUCAAGGGGCAAGGAGCUAAACCAGCUAGUUGGAUUGAGCGAGUCCUGCAACUUUGUUAAGGCUGACUUCAUGAAAAUGCCAUUCUCCGAUAGUACUUUUGAUGCGAUAUAUGCUAUAGAAGCAACAUGUCAUGCACCAGAUGUGCUCGGCUGCUAUAAGGAGAUUUAUAGAGUAAUGAAGCCUGGCCAAUGUUUUGCGGCCUAUGAGUGGUGCAUGACCAAUCACUUUGAUCCCACGAAUGAAAGCCAUCAGAAAACUAAGGCUGAAAUCGAGCUUGGUAAUGGUCUCCCAGACAUAAGAACUACAAGCCAAUGCCUUGAAGCCUUAAGACUUGCUGGAUUUGAGGUUGAAUGGGAGAAGGAUCUUGCAUUAGAUUCUCCUGUGCCAUGGUAUUUGCCCUUGGAUACAAGACAUUUCUCCAUAACUAGCUUUCGAUUGACUGCUUUUGGACGUUUAAUUACCAGAACUAUGGUUAAGACACUAGAGUUCCUGGGUUUUGCUCCAGCGGGAAGUGAGAGGGUAUCAUCAUUCCUGGAAAAGGCUGCUGAAGGGCUUGUGGAAGGUGGAAGGAAAGAGAUUUUCACCCCGUUGUACUUCUUCCUUGCUCGGAAGCCCCUUUGAGAAUGUUGAGGAGCAGCUUUGUCAGCCAUGGCUCCUACCUAAUGACAGAAGAUUUGCCAUGGCUAUAUAUAUGUUUUCUUCCCCCUUAUUGUUGGUGAAUAUUAUGAUAGCUUGCUCCCUGUGGAAACAUCUACUUGAUUCUGCCAUCUUGUGGUCUCGUGUAAUUGUGGCGUGAUUGGCGAAGACGCAGACUGCUGAAAAUUGCUCUGACAGUGAUACAAUCCCUGAGCAGGAACCUUAUUAAUUUUAUGUUCUUUUGUUGCUUGUUACUCCACCAAGGGUUAUGUUAAUGUGUCUUUGCAUACCAUAGAAUGAAGACUGGUCAUGGCAAUAUGGAGAUGUCCCAAUACUCUUGUCGUGCAAGGCAGAACUCCUUUUCCAUUGCCACAAAUGAUCAGAAGACUCAUUGGCAACUUAGUAUUUUAUGUGAAGGUCCUCGUUCGCACUGCU